CAAAUUUUUUUCAUUCUUCCUUGACAUUUUCAGCGAGUGUGUCGUGUUGGUCAUCUCUCCCGAGUGUCUCUCUCUCCUUGAGUGUGUGUGUGUCAUCAACACCGAGCAGCAGCAGCAGCAGUACGAAGUGAUCAGUAAGAGCUGCGCUUCUGAAGGAAAACGACACGGUUCGGUGAAAAGUAACAACCCCCUUAAAACAAAACAGCCAAAAACACAGCAAUGGCCCUGCCGGAAGAAAACCCCGUCUACUCGCCCUUCUUCGGAGUGAUGGGCGCAGCAGCUGCUAUCAUUUUCAGCGCUCUCGGCGCUGCCUAUGGUACGGCCAAGUCCGGUACCGGUAUUGCCGCCAUGUCGGUGAUGCGUCCGGAGUUGAUCAUGAAGUCCAUCAUUCCCGUUGUCAUGGCGGGUAUCAUUGCCAUCUACGGUCUGGUCGUCGCUGUCCUUAUCGCCGGUUCUCUGGAUGAGCCAUCGAAAUACUCGCUGUACAAGGGCUUCAUCCAUCUCGGCGCUGGUUUGGCCGUCGGUUUCUCGGGCUUGGCAGCCGGUUUCGCCAUCGGUAUCGUCGGUGACGCCGGUGUCCGUGGUACUGCCCAGCAGCCGCGACUGUUCGUCGGUAUGAUCCUGAUCCUCAUUUUCGCCGAAGUGUUGGGUCUGUACGGUCUGAUCGUCGCCAUCUACCUGUACACGAAAUAAAUUAGCAUCGCUGAUGCUAGUUCGCACCGCCGGGGGAAGUUGUGCCCGUGUUUCCGGUGGCAGUGCGCGUCCCCAGUGGAUACCGAGCACGGAUCUAUCAAACGAAAUGCCUGGCAGAAGGGGAAAUAUGCAAUGCUACAACAACAACAACAACAACAACAAGACCAACAUCAUCAUCAUCAUCGCAGGUAUUUCUUCGACCCUUGUUCGCCACUGGAACGCCACACAUCAAUUACCAUCGAUGGGCUAGUGCAGACUAUGACUACACUUGCCAGCGACCGGCAUGGCCACCUUUCGACCACCAUCAGCCCAACAGCAACCUGAUGGGGGCGGCGUGUGUGUGUAUGCGUAACGCAUUGCAUAACAAAACGACAUCGUUCAGAUCAACACCGAUCGCAGCGUACAAAAACACAGGUGCUGAACACAAUUCCUAAAAACAACAACACAUAAUUUACAUCCUAGGGUAAAAGCAAAAGAAACAACAACAGCAGAAGAAAACCAACAUCCUAAAUGUGACAACCCAACAGCAACAACACAAAUGGUCUGCGGUGUCUCAAAAAGGUAAAACAGCAGCGGCUGCAGCGAAAUCGUCGGAACAUCCUGUGUUUUUGGCGUAUCUCGCUCACUGCUGGUUUGCCUUUUUUGCUUGCGACAGCAGUUUAAGCCUCAAUACAUACAAACGUACAACAAAGCUCACCCGAGACCCCGAGUUUGCUUCCGACAUGCCGGAAACGUUGUUGCCCCAUUAACACACCCCUCAAUCCCACUUGAUAUCAAGGCGGGGGGGACAGGGGGGCUUCGGCACGGCGCGCGCGCGCGCUCUGUUGGUUGUGUAAAACAGGCGGCACAUUAUGAAAAUCUGAAAACAACUUCCGGAACUAAAACAAAAGACUAUUUGUAUUUAUGUAAAAUAAUGUGUAUUUAAUUGUAAACUUAAUUUAUGUACAUGUAAAUUUUCCACACUCCCAACUCACUCACUCUGAAUACACACAUACACACAAUACGCGUGAUCACACACUGGCACACAGACAUUUACCUCCGACACACAUACACACAGACGUAGCUGUGCUUAGGGACAUGUAGAAGGAGGCUUGUUGUUGCACAGGAAAUGAAGGCAGAGGGAGCAUGGAAAGGGACAUCAUGUAAAGGUUUUCGCAACUCUACGAAGCUUUAGAGUGGUAGCACUUUCUAUUGGCGCAUUGUUGUGCAUCUCCUGUGUAGAGUUUCUUGCUGUGCCGGCUUCCUCCCUCUCGGUGUGCCGAUGAAAAACGAACAUCGUCUUCUUGGUGUGGGCCGCGUGGAAAUGGAGAAUGAAGGGGAAUGUGUUUUGUUUUGGAGAGUCUGUGAUAAAAGCUUCCAUCACAAACCAUCACACGAACCAACAACAACAAGAACAUCAUUGCAAAAAAAAACGGUAGAUAUGCAAAGAGGGAAAAAACGUAAAGAGAGUACACACAGUAGAUCCACCCGGUGAGAGGUGAGAACGAGAAUAAAGGCUUCUCUUCCGGCCCCUGUUUCUUGAACGGGGUUUACCAUUACCAAGCAAAACCACCGAAUGUUGCGUUUAACUACUAACUUAGUCGAACCUCGUCUUCGGUAAUUCCGGCGUGUGUUUGGCGCUUGUUUCAGGAAAUGAACAGGUAAAGGAAGAACUGGGAGGGAAGCAGUACCUCCUUCUCCUCCUCGCCAGCGUGAUCUGGUUUCCGUUUCAACACUUUUUAACAAGAGCUAGCGAAGAACCAAGUGGCGGCCGCCGCACGCAGAUCAAAAAUGCAAAAGAGUAUUAGCCAAGUUUUUUUUUUUUUGUUUUACGUACCGGAAAGACCCUCACAACCAACCAAGGAUAGAGCAGGCAGGGGAGGAAUACAGGCCAAAGCCAGCGCGCGCGUGUGUGUGAAGCCAGAGUAGUGAGUACAUCCCGUGGCAAUAGCGUUACGCGGGAACAAAUGUUGGACAGCGGGUACAUACUAUUAUUGAGCUUAAUUUACCAGGGGUUUUUGUUACAUUAUUGCAUUAUUGCAAUUGCAAAAAAUCGAAACGAAACGAAACAUGAAUCCAACACAAGAUGGGAAAAACUGGGCAGGCAAAACAACAACCACAACAUCGCGUGUCUGCAGAACAUCUAAGGAAAACGGUUUACUCAACUAAAAACAUCUAAAAAAUGGAAGGGAAACAAACAAAACGAUACCAAUUGCGUUCGUUUACAACAACACACGGUUAUUGUAGUAAUAUCGAUCAUAUAUAAUCAUCAUCAUAGUACGAAAAGAAUACAAUCGCGAGACGAGACAAUUUACAAAUAGGCUAGGGGGAGAGAACAACAACGUAACAGCAUUAAAACAUCAGAUAUAGAGAUACGGGUGCGGUAUAGAAGCGAGCGGAUCGAAUCCACCAUCCAUUCAGACCGCGCAUAUCCUUCUGCAACCGUACUCUGGGGGACAAUUAAUUAACCUAUAUAGAGACCUGAGGCAGACAGGUGGGGAGCAGAAAAAAAUAACAUUAGGGGCCGUAUUAUAGAGAGGAGGAUUUGUAGUUAUAUUAUCAAAUCAGAUCGAGAUCUAUCGACACCGUGUCCCGUGGCGGUGAAUAAGACUAAGCUGUCCGCGGAACCCUUAAGGGCCCAAAGAGCAGUUUAGCUUUUUCACUAUCCUACUGGGAACGGUUGUCCAUUGCACAACAACAACAGAACUGUCGAGAAGAAGAAAACAAGAACAUCAAGAAGAAGGCAGGAAGACGACACACAUACGUACAAAAGAUAUACAGCCUAACAUCUUUGUUAUCUUUGAGACGAAACAACAACAACAACGUUAGAAGGAAGAGAGAGCGAGGAAUGCAGCGCGGGGAUGUCCCGAUGCCGCGUGACUCCUCCAACUGGUCAUUAUGUCCAACAAUCCCACACAUAAGGUGUAUUUUGUAUAUAAAUAGGGAGUGACCAUUACCGGUUCGCUAACAUCCAGCUCUAGCGUUGACCGGAAACAAUAACAAAAAGAGAGACAGAAGACACACACACACCGAUACAAAACGAUUAACAAAAUCAAAUCCGCGCACACGUACGCCGUUGACAACGAACAUCGCAUGUGUCAUCAACAACACCAUCAACAACCCCCCCAGGAAGAAGCAGCGUGCGUGAUGCGUGGAACAAAAUGUGAAGGAUCAGACAGGAAUAUCGUGAAAGCUCUAUGGCAAGGCUGGUUCCUCCGGUGGAAGAUCCAGGGUGUGCUUCUGCGAUCGUGUCCCUUCCGCGCGUUUAGAUGCUGAAAUGAACGGAACUGGAUGCGGUUCGGUUUGAAGUCACCGGAACGCGGUUCUUCCCCGCAAGGAAUGGGUUUUCCCAUGUGGUCUUUCCCUGUUUGUUGCCUUCUCAGUGUACAACAAGUACACCGAACCUCAACAUCAUAAAAAAGUGAAGAAAGGAAGAAUGUAACACAAACAAACACAGUCUAAUUACAUCGCUACAAGAAAACACAAGGAAGAACAAAAAAGUACGAAACGGAACAACGUGUAUUUAGAUUGAAAACUGUUAAGAAGAAGAAGAAAGAUUCGUGUUUUGUUGUGAGAGGAAGCUUUAAACAACAGCAAGGAAGAUCCUGUGCUACCGUUAACUAGCUAAAACACCUACUAUCUACCUUUUAAAACAAAACAUCCUGAUACCAUACAAUUACUUUUACCGAUAAGUUACAAAGUGGAACCAACCAUCUUUUGUUAGUGACACAAUAACAACACAAGCUUCGACUCCUUUCCGUGUCGAUCCUUUUGCCAUCUCCCGCCCCCUGUUGGACAGCAAUAUUAAGAGAGGUUCUGGGAGGGUGCAGGAGGGCACACGAAGGGAGAGAAGCAGCAGAAAACCUCUAUUGCCCGCAGAGUAGCAAACACUACAUCCAUCUACUUCCGGGCAGUGUGUAAAGAAAUCUACCGAAAAUAGUGACAAUUGCGAACAUCAUCAUGAAUCAGAGAGAUAGUGAGAGAAAGAGAGAGAGAGAAAGAUAAAGCGAGAGCGAGAGAGGAAGAAUUAAAUGAAAAAAAUAUGUGAAAAUAUGAAAAUAAAAAAGAGAAAACAGAAGCAACGCAGAAGACCAUAGCCGAA